UCAAAAUAUUUGAUCUCUUUUUCAAUUUUUCGCCGAAAUUAGCUGAAAAAGUUUUUAUUUGACGCGUUAGAUCGGUAAAACUUUCCAUUUUGUGUAUUUGAGUGGUUGUUGCCAAAAUGAAGACAGUUCAGAAGUGCGUAAUUCCUGGCUGCGAAAAUCGUUCCGGUGUAGCCGGCUACAAAGUAAAUUUUUUUUCCGUUCCAUCUACCGGGCACAAAGUUUAUUCGCGGUGGACCAAAUACAUGGUCCUAUCCGGAGACCGCAAGGAGAAAAUUUGCAGCCAACAUUUUGUGACCAGCGAUUUUAUAGAAAGUAAGUGUUUACAUUUAGCAUUUUCAUAUUAGUUGUGCUUAUUUUUACUUGACUCCAGACACACGAUGGAAACUCAGGAAGACCGCAGUUCCAUCAGUGAAGCUGGAACAUUCGGUGAAAUAUGGAGGAUCCUGCUGCGUCACUAAAUGUAAACCCAGCAAACGAAAGACAAGUUUGCACCGUUUUCCGACUGGAAAGCAAAUCCAACGUAGGUGGAAGAUUGCCUUGGGUUUGAAAGAAGCUGAUGACACAACAGGCCUACUGAUUUGUAAUCGUCAUUUCAUGUUAUCUGAUUUUGUUAAAGUGACUUCCAGAUACUUGAAAGCUACCGCAGUUCCGUCCAAGAAGAUUAGUCGGAUAAUAAAGCUUCCACGAAGGGAUUUAAAGAAGCUAAAUUUGCCAAUCCACUUAGAAGAUCAUAAUUAUAGUGAGUAUGCCUGCCCACCGCGGAGUAACCGGAUAUGUUACGUCGAAGAAUGUCGAUCGAAAACGGAAGGGGACAUAAAACUACAUAAGUUUCCUGGUCGAAAAGAUGUUAGAUUCAAGGAGUGGAUACGAGUUUUAAAGUGUGGAUCACGUUUAAAACGAGACGCCAUUCCAUCGUUGAAUUUCUCAAAUACAACUACCGGCUCGGACUCAACAAGUUCUUCUGAAGUUAGCCCCACGCACGGUUCUACCUAUUGCCACGAAGAGGAUCAAGCGAAGAAAAAUACUUCAAGUGACCGGAUUUCGGAGAACCAAUCCACGCAUGUGCCGGUUUUCGUGGUGGAUUCGUGUGAGGAUCAUAACGAUGGUGAAAUCGGUGGAAAUAGAUCAAAUGAUUUUGCGGUUGGCCAGAGCUUUCAAGAAAGUCAAAUUUUAAACGAUACCCUACUGCUUGACACAUCUCAGCUUUCGAUAAAUACACCGAUUGCGGAGAGCACCGCUAAAAAACCACCUGCGGAAAAAGAUAGUUUGCAGAAUUCAGUUAAGGCAAGCUUCUUAGAGAACUCAUAUAACAAAUCUGCAAUAUCUAACUCACAAGUAAGCAAAGCUAAAUCCGAAAACUUCAUUUUGUCGGACUUGUUAUUGACAGACAAAGAGGUUAACAUUUGGACUGGCGUGCCAACUCUAGUCUUGUUGGAAGAAAUUUGUUUAGCUUGUAGAAAGCUUGAGACAUCUUUCUAUUGCAGACAGUUCAGCAUGCAUACUACCAAUCGCGUUAUUUUAACGCUGGCGAAACUGAAACAGAAUUUGUCAUUUGAAGCGUUAGGAAUAUUAUUCCGCAUAUCAGGCGUAACAGUCUCAAAUUAUUUUUCGCACAUGGUACAAAUAUUGCGCAGGGUUCUCAAACCAUUCGUAUACUGGCCAGCAAAGGAAGAAAUAUUAAAGAACAUUCCGUUGUGUUUUCGAGAACAUUUUCCAAACGUUACUAUCGUGCUCGACUGCACGGAAGUUCCAGUUGCGACACCGAAAUGCCUUAACUGUAGAAUUUCGUGCUAUUCGAAUUAUAAAGGUCGUCGAACAAUCAAGUUUCUAAUAGGAGUCACCCCCGCGGGACUAAUAUCGUUUAUAAGUAAUGCAUACACUGGCAAAUCAUCGGACAAAUAUAUCUUCAAUCAGGAGCAAAUUAUUAAUCGUCUGGAGGCACACCGCGACGAAGUGAUGGUAGAUAAGGGUGUUUCGAUUCAACAUGAAUGCCUCACAAAUCAUAUAAAACUGCAUAUACCCCCAUUUAUGCGAAGUGAGCGGCUUAGUCCAUUGGAGGCCAGCAAUAACGAGGCCAUUGCCAAAGCAAGGAUUCAUGUUGAAAGGGUGAUUCAACGGAUUAAAAUUUUCAAUGUUUUAACUGACUGUGUAACACCUCCAAUCCUUGGACAUAUAGAUGACAUAACAAUAAUAGUUUGUGGAAUUGUAAACCUUACUGCACCAAUUCUGGCUGAUAACAAGUUCUGA